AUUUCAAAGUAGCUAAAAUGCUAAAGUUGUCCGUGAUGAGAUUUGAACACACAAUUUUUGGUUUGCUAGAUGUUUACAUUAUACGCCCACCCAUCUACUUUGACCAACCACCCUAUUUUAAGUAACCUUCUAUCUUAAAUAACCAUACCAAACGUAACAUCCCAUACACAUGGCUGUAUCCCGGAUUUACAUUUACUAUGCUACGUCUAUGAGACCAGUCUGCACUGCCAGGCGCAGCUCUCAUGGCCACGUCUCAAAACUCUUUGUAGGCUACGCAAACUAACACUCUGAAGGCAGGGGAUGUUUGCCUAAAGACGGUGAAUGUAAUACAACAGUUAGUUUUAGAGCUCUCCUCACUCAUUACGGUCUCGUCGCCCAGCAACACAGCGGAGAAGCACCUUCCCAGCAGCUCACACAGAGAGUCUCCGGCAUGCCGCGCUUCAGACUGACGCCACCGACCAUGGUGUUCCUGCUGCUUCUUCAGGGAGUGGCUGUGGUGCUGCUGUUUGGAUGGUAUGUCCAGCUCCCUUGUGGUAGCCCUCCUUCCCAGGGCAAGGUCCACGUGCUCCUGCUGUCCUCAUGGCGGUCUGGAUCCUCCUUCCUGGGCCAGGUGUUCAGCCAGCACCCGUCUGUCUUCUACCUGAUGGAGCCAUCGUGGCAUGUGUGGACCACUCUGCAGAUGCCUGGAGCCCGGGCACUGCGCAUGGCGGUGAGAGACCUGAUGCGCAGCGUCUUCCAGUGUGACAUGUCUGUCAUGGAUGCCUACACUCCCGCCCAGCACAACAUGUCAGCCCUCUUUAUGUGGAGCCACAGCCGUGCCCUGUGCUCUCCCCCUGCCUGCCAGCUCACACCCCGCCACCUCUUCAGCAACGAGACAGAGUGCAAGCAGAAGUGUGACAGGCCUGGCCUGCAGGGGGCAGAAGAGGCCUGUCGGACCUAUAGCCAUGUGGUGCUCAAAGAGGUGCGCUUCUUUGAGCUAGACUCCCUGUACCCUCUCCUGCAGGACCCCACUCUGGACCUGCGCAUCAUCCACCUGGUGAGAGACCCGCGGGCCGUGGCACGCUCCAGGGAGCAGUCAGCCAAAGCCCUAGUGAAGGAUAAUGCCCUGGUCCUGGAGCAAGGCAACACCAAGGUGGAUGACACACAGUAUCGCGUCAUGCAGGAGAUAUGCCGCAGCCACAUCCGCAUCCACGAGAGGGCCAUGCUCAAACCUCCAGACUUUCUACGUGGACGUUACAAGAUGGUACGCUACGAGGACAUGGUGAGAGACCCCUUGACAGAGAUUGACAGUAUGUAUCAGUUUGUGGGGCUGGAGAUGACACAGUCACUACAGGAGUGGAUCUAUAAGGUCACCCACGGUAAGGGCAAGGGCACCAAGAAGGAGGCCUUCCAAAUCACCUCCCGCAACGCAGCAGACGUCUCUCAGGCUUGGCGUACUACUUUGCCCCAUGACAAGGUAAGGAACAUCCAGGAGGUGUGUAAGGGCGCCAUGUCUUUGCUGGGGUAUAGGACCGUUGACAGUGAGAAAGAACAGAAGAAACUUGACGUGGACCUUCUGACUCCCCGUGAACGAUAUCACUUCAGCUGGCUCCCUUCCAAAACUGACAAACAAUGAGUAGAUCAUAUUUUCAGAGACCAAAUCACACUGAAAUGUAUUUGUGGGAAUGAGAACAAUGCAACUAUUCACCAACAGGAGGGUGUCAAUAUCCAUCCCCUAAGGGAAAUAGAACUGGAAAAAGAGCUUGGAGGCCAGUAUUGGUUAGGGGUUAAUGCAAAGUUCCCCAAUAGGUGAUCCACGGAACAUAAAAUACUAUCAAAUCACCAGGAAAUCAGCUAAAAAUGAUUUUAAUUUAGGAAAUCCAUGCCCAAGUAUUUACACUAAUAAAUAGAGAGGCAUAUGUGAUCGUAUCCCAGUGUAAUCAAGGUUUGAAAUGAUUCUGUUUUUGUCAAAUACUAUAUCUGAUGAGUCUGUUUUUGUCAAAUACUAUAUCUGUUUGGGAUUCUUGCGAUCAGUUAUUCCUGCCCCCCUGACCAUCCACUCAAGGAAAUAUCAGCCCAAGGCUGAAUGCAAUUGGGGACCCCUGGGUUAAUGCAUGUCACCGAGAUGUAGAUCUGCUUUGGUUUAUGUUUACAGAGACUAAUGGUUAUGUUGUUUUAUUUUCUCAAUUCUAAUCUUUCUUUAUGUCAUUGUUGUAAUGUUCUAUAGAGUACUGAAAUAAUGGUUAGUGUUUGGGGAAGGAAUGAAAGAGUUAGGCAGUGGGAUAUAUCUUAAAUCACAUUGAUUUCCAACCUACACAUACCGGAGCCAGAGAUGAAGCCCAGCUCCGUGGCAUGAUGUUAUUCCCGACCGGGGUUUGAGAAGGAGCUGCUGUACUGUAGCCGUCAGUGAAGACUGAUGAUAAGCCCUCUCUCUCAAUCACAACCAGUUAUGCUCAGAAUGUAUUGUAGUUUGAAGCACCAGAUGAAAACACAUGUACAAGUGUGCAUGUGAGAAAGGGUGCAACUCAGUGUGCGUGUGAAUGCCUGUGUGUUUGUAAUGGUUUGGUGGUCUAUGAAAGUGGAUUUAUGGGUUUUGUUAGUGUGUAUAUCAUUUUAUAUAAACAGGUACUCCAUAGAACAAGGUUUAGACUUAAUCUGUGUCUGGGAAACCUUGCAAUGAGUGUUGGUCAGUGGCUUUGUUUAACGCCAUAAGAUCAUUAAUCAAGAAUAGAGUGACCUUUUACACACAACACAGCAUUGUUACACUGCAAAACAGUUUUGACACAGCAUUGUUAAAAAUGAAACAGUGUUAUGACUUUGUUAUGUCAUUAAAAAGUUUAUGCACCCUGCUCUUUGUUUAAGGAACAUUUCCAUAGUGUUGAAUAUCAAUGACAUUAUUUAACUGAAGGGCAUAAUUAAAUGUGGAAUGUCCUCAAAUAUAGUUAAAUAAAGGUUAAAUAAAAUUUUUUAAAUAAAUAUCUUUCUACUUUAUUAUGUUGUGACUGAUACUUUUAGGUGAGUCUGCUAUGAAGUUUGCUAUCCAUGCAGUCGUCACACUUCAAUAUGGCUCCCAGUAUAAUGUGAACAAAUCCCCUGCUAUGUAAGUUAUGUUGUUAUUCAUAGGUGUAGAAAAAAAAUGAAUUUGGUUAAAAUGAUAGUGGUCUGGUGCCACCACUUGAUUUGACUUUCUCACCUAGAUCUGGCUUUGUUAUACUUUGUUUUGUACAAAUGACAGUAAGAAUGCUUACUGUAGGCAAUGCUAAUGGAAUAAUCUUAAUUUUCCCAAUGUAAUUAUCUAAUAAUAACCAGAUGAUUUUAUUUGAUUAUGGUGAACUGAUGAUGUACUGGUGAUUUCUGAAUUGAUUUUGUUUGACCUGUUGAUUUAUUAGCAAUAAAUGUUACAUUUUA